GGGGGACCGGGUGACCGCGACACCCGCGCCUCUGGGAUGUGGGUGCUCCCGGCGGCGGAGGAGGAAGCGCGGCUGAGGACAUAGACUGGCAAUAUUUUUCACAACUGGGUGAAGCUAGAAAUCCGAACAGAUGCCUGUGCCACCGCCGCCGCCGCCACCUCCUCCACCUCCACCACCACCUUCUGCAGGGCCCCCUCCACCACCACCACCUUCGGGAGGGCCCCCUCCACCACCACCACCACCACUGGCAAGCUCAGAGAUACCAAAAUUGCGAAAGGACGAGCAGAAAGCACGGAACGCGCUCUUGGCCGAUAUCCAGCAGGGAACUCGCCUAAGGAAAGUGACCCAAAUCAACGACCGCAGUGCGCCACAGAUCGAAAAACCCAAAGGAGCUAACAGAGAUGGAGGUAACCCAGCUGUUAAUAAAGGUGGCUCUCAGCAGCCUCUGGGAGGUUUAUUUGCUGGUGGCUUUCCUGUUCUCAGACCAGCAGGCCAGAGGGACAUGACAGGGAAGCUCUCCGGAGGCCGAGCAGCAUCCCCCAGACCCUCCGCACCGCCGAGCAGCGGCGCUGCCAAGGCGAGCAGCACCCCCUCGCAGCCGGCCGAGGUUCCAAGGGCAGCUGUCCCACCGGAGCCUCCCGGCACCUCCCGAGUCGCAGCGGGAGCGGGUCCCGGGCGGCCCAGCCUGCCCGCGCCCCCUCCGCCGCCCCCCGCUUCCAGCAAGCCUUCCCUCACCUUCCCUCCUCCUCCCCCUGUGCCCCCUCCGGCCGAUCGCCCCGCCAAGGGGGUGAACCCCGGCGCUGCUCCCCCGGCCCCGCUCCCUCCCCCUCAGGCUGACAAACCCGCCAAGCCUCAAGCAGGCGCUCCGCACCCGCCGCCGCCUCCUCCUCCUCCUCCCCCGCUGCCCCCCACACCCCCCUGCGGGCUGCCGGCCAGGGCCGCCGAGGCCUCUGCGGCCGCCGCCGCUCCGGCCGAGGGAAGGGACUGUCCCCCUCCCGCGCCGCCGCCCCCGCCGCCUCCUCCGCCGCCACACGCGCACCCCCCGCCCGCGAACAGGCUCUCCUUUCCUCCCUCCCCGGCCUUCAGCGGUGCCGACGUGCCCCCUCCGCUGCCCCCCAAGUCUCCCCACCUGCUGUCACAGUUCCAUAAGCCGAGCAACAUCCAGUCGCUGCCGCUGCCACCCACCCCCGGCCCCCCUCAGCCCGCAGCCGUGGGGGAGAUCAGGAAGAAGAGACCCGGCCGAGGCGCAGGAACUGGUGCUGGGAAGCUGGUCACACCUCCACAGCCACCUGCAAGAUCCCCAACAACUGAACUUACAAGCAAGUCUGGAGUCUCAGCCUGGGCUACAGCUCAUGACCCCUACACACCACUUAAAAAUGGAAAUAUGCACAUCAUUGAUGACUUUGAAUCAAAAUUUACUUUCCAUUCUGUGGAAGAUUUUCCCCCACCUGAUGAAUUCAAACCAUUUCAGAAAACAUAUCCCAGCAAGAUACCCAGAGAUCCCUCUAAGAAUCCUCCAUUAAGAACACACGUGAGAUGAGAAGAGUCUGCUGAUGUUCUCUGGACUAGUAUUAAAAAAGAAGAUC